CACUGUCAGAAGCAAGUGUUGUCAAAAACAUCGCUAUUUCGAUAAACAUCGAUACUGGAAUAUGUGAACGGCACCGACAGGCUACUAAUUUCCGAAACUAGCCGAACCGUCACUUUCACUUCUCUAUAAUAUAGAGGGAACUUUAUUAAUGCCCCGUAUUAAUGUAGGCGAUUCAUUUUUGCGCCGGAGGCGACGAGCACGAGCACGCGCCGCGACGCCCUCGUUUUUCCAGGCGCGUCCCCGCCGCAGAGUGAUCACAACUUUUCGGAAACGGCGUGUGAAUAAUCGACCGACCGUCCUUUCCGGUAACAACACUGAAAGCUCACCCAAAGUGAAGCAAGAGUCGGUCGAAGCUGGGCAGAGAUAACCACGUUAAAGUACGUUUAGUAGCAGAGAUACAGCAAGAGAUUUUUAGCGCCGGACAUCCCUUUAUCGUUCACUGAGACUUAAAGGCGCAGACCAGGGUCGCUCGGUGCUACGUGUGUGUGUAGUAGAUCAUGGCUGCUGUCGAGGAAAGAACUUUAAAAAAGAUGCUGAAGCAAUAUAGACACAGAGAUCUCGCCGUCAGAGAGAUAACAGACACCAUUUUAAAUUACAAAGACCUCAGACCUGUUAUGGAUGCGUACAACUUCCUCGACGGAUCGUCCAGAGACUUGAUGAGCCUCGCAGGAACCGUUCCGGUUUGUUACAGAGGGAGCGUUUAUAAUAUUCCCGUGUGCUUGUGGCUGCUGGAUACGUAUCCCUACAAUCCUCCCAUAUGUUUCGUGAAGCCCACCAGUAAGAUGAUCAUCAAAACUAGCAGACACGUCGACUCCAACGGCAAGAUCUACCUGCCAUACCUGCACGAGUGGACAUUUCCUCGGUCAGGUCUGUGCGGGUUCAUCCAGGUCAUGACUGGGGUGUUUGCCGAGGAGAUGCCCGUUUUCUCCACAUCCGCCACGCACCGUCCUUCCCUCCUCGCCAGACCUCCAAUCCGAGUUAAACAAGGGUUUCCAGGGAUAUCCAUGCAGACAGAGGAAACGCUGGAAACUGAAUCUGGCUCUCAGAAUACAGAAACACCCGAGAUGCAAGAUAUCCAACAAAUGACCGAGGACAUGCGAAUAAGCUGGAGGAACGAAUCCUCUACAAGACAUAGCACAAAAAUAAAGGAGCUUUUAAGAGAGCCUAACAUUAAAAUUGUAGACAGCCUUUACUUUUUUAAAGACGAGAAGUACAUGAUUGGCUUUGGAGGAGGCAGCACGCAGGUGUAUAUCGGAAUGAGAAAAGACGGUAUCGAGGUGGCCAUUAAGCUAAUAACCAAGAACCCAAGGAACAACAAAGACUUCGAAAAUGAGCUGAAGCUUUUGCAGGAUUUAAAGCUUGAAAGCAAGAAUAUCGUCAGGUAUAUGACCUUUGCAGAGGAUAAAGAUUUUUACUAUCUGGCAAACCAGCUUUGUGAAUAUGAUCUGGUGGGCUACAUGGAUUAUCUUCGUCAGCCGGAGCAAAAGGACAGAAAAGAGACCACUUUGAGGAGAAUAGUGAAGGAGAUGCUCCUUGGCCUUCAGGUUCUCCACCGCGCCGGAGUGGUCCACCGUGAUAUAAAGCCUAGAAAUGUUUUGAUAGACAAAGAAGAAAGGGCAAGGCUGGCAGACUUCGGCAUAAGUCGCAAACUGGAGGAGGGGAAAACCACAGUGUAUACUGACAGAGCCGGCACGCAAGGCUGGGAGGCAACGGAGAUCCUGGAGCAGUUCGAGCAGGGCAGUACCGAGCUCAAAACCCAUUACAAACGGAGCUCAGACAUUCAGGUAGCGGGGAUGCUGACGUAUUACAUCCUCUCGGACGGGAAACAUCCUUUUGGUAACGGCAUCUCACGUGAGGCCAACAUUUUAGAAGGGAAGCGCGUUUGUGAUGAUGUCAAAGACGGCACAGCAACGGAUCUCGUAGACUGGAUGAUCAACAAAAACCAAUCUGAGAGACCGAACGUCGACGAUGUCCUGAAUCACCCUCAUUUCUGGGACGAUAAACGGAUAAGAGAGGUUCUUCACUAUCUGGGUAAUAAAGAGGAAGUCCAGGAAUACAAGAACUACGGAUGCAAAGAAAAGCUUUUUGAGACUGUACAGAAAUACUCGGAGGGGAAAACAUUUUCUGACUGGAAGACGAAGGCUCCUAAGACAUGGACAAAAAUUGGAAAAAAUCUUCCCAAUGACUUGCUUGGCCUGUUACGGCAUUUGCGCAAUGCACUGGGACACCGGGAAAAAGAGUUCUACGAAGAGAAGAUGAUUGAUGAGUUCCCAGAUUUCCUCAUCAGUUUACACAGGCUGGCUUUGGAAAUGGGCUGGGAGUAUUAAAGACGCUGACAAAGCCUUUUUCUGUUCGUUUGUUUUCAUAAUUUCGCUUAUGUAUUUGUUGGAGGCCAAUAUUUAAUACAUUUCGCUUUUCAGCCUUUUGCUGCCUCGAAUGCUUUACGCUUAAUUUUGAACGUUGAUAUUUUCGACUUGUUUGCUUGUUUAUAUUCAGGGAAUCCGUGUUGUCGUACUACAUGUAAAAACAGUCGCACUCAAAAAGUGCAGCUUCUGUGAAAAUGUGCAACAUUUAUGUGUUAUAUAACUCUUUCCAGCAUUCCCAGCCACUGCCAUUUUUGAUGAUUUUCACCUGGAUCAUCUGAAUAUAUAUA